AAAACACAACCAGGAACUACGCUCCCUGAUUGCGUCAACCGACUUCCGCUGCAAAGUGUGACGGCUUCCGUGUUGACCCACGUUUUCACGUUUCGCACAGGAGAUACAACUAACGUUAUUCGCUGAUAAAAGUUGCUUUAAAUAUCCAAGAUGAGGCCAUUAACAGACGAAGAGACGAAAAUAAUGUUUGAGAAGCUGUCGAAAUACAUCGGUGAAAACAUAAAACUGCUAGUGGACCGACCUGAUGGUUCAUACUGUUUUAGGCUACACAAUGACCGUGUGUACUACAUGAGUGAAAAAAUUCUUAAGUUGGCAACAAACAUUUCCCGGGACAAGCUCGUGUCUGUGGGGACAUGUUUUGGAAAGUUCACAAAGACCAUUAAAUUCCGCCUGCACAUCACAGCUCUGGAUUUCCUGGCGCCCUAUGCAAAGUUCAAGGUGUGGGUGAAACCUGGAGCAGAGCAGUCUUUCCUCUACGGGAACCAUGUGCUGAAGUCUGGGCUUGGGAGAAUCACUGAGAACACCAUGCAGUACCAGGGAGUUGUGGUCUACUCCAUGACGGAUGUGCCCCUGGGUUUCGGAGUGGCAGCCAAGUCUACCCAGGAGUGUCGGCGAGUGGACCCCAUGUCCAUUGUAGUGUUCCACCAGGCCGACGUAGGAGAGUUCAUAAGGAAUGAAGACACAUUAACAUAAACAUGAUCACCAGCUGGACUGUCAAAGACUCCUUCCUUUUUUUAUACCCAGUAACAUUCACUGAAAUUCACACCCAGAACAUCUUGUAACACAGAAGUGGUUGGAUCUAAGGGCCCCUUUUAAUAGAUGUUACAACUGUCCCAUAUUUCCAAUGCACAGUCUAGGGACUGAAACAAAGACUUCUCUGACUCACUGUGGGAUACCGCUAAGAUACCAUCUCAGGAUUCCCUAGUCACCGAGCUUUCUGAUAUCACCUGCAUAAAAGGAAGGGGGGGGGGGGGUUCUUUUGUGUUUUUUUUGUAAAUGUCAUCUUUCAAAUAAAAUCCUUAAUGUCUGUA